GCGACCUGGUGACGUGAGGAGCGUUCCAUUCGGCCAGCGGUGGGCGUUUGCCACAGCUGGUUUAGGGCCCGGAGUGUUGGGGCCCCUUGUCAGGAGGAGGCAGCCUCCCAGCUGGGAGAAGUCGCUGCCUCCUUUGGCGGCCGACGUUGUCUCCUGGGACCGUCGAUUUCCUGCCUUCCGUAGCGGGCCGAGUUCGGUCUCCCUAAUUCAGGCCGGGUUCCCCUUCCUGGUCUCUCUUCUCCCGCUGGGCUGGUUUGAGGAGGAGGUUGUUUUCCAGGACUAGAAAUUGGACUUUUGAUGAUGUUUGACCCAGCAGCGGCAAUAGCAGGCAACGUGAUUUUGAAGCUGGGCUCAGCCUCUGUUUCUUCUUUCUUGUAAUCACAAAGCCCAUUUUGGACCAGGAAUUCCAAUCAUGUCUGUGAUGGUGGUGAGGAAGAAGGUAACACGGAAAUGGGAAAAACUCCCAGGCAGGAACACCUUCUGCUGCGAUGGCCGCGUCAUGAUGGCCCGGCAAAAGGGCAUCUUCUAUUUGACUCUCUUCCUCAUCUUGGGGACAUGUACACUCUUCUUUGCCUUUGAGUGUCGCUACCUGGCUGUUCAGCUGUCUCCUGCCAUCCCUGUGUUUGCUGCUGUGCUCUUCCUUUUCUCCAUGGCCACACUGUUGAGGACCAGUUUUAGUGAUCCUGGAGUGAUUCCUCGUGCUCUACCAGAUGAAGCAGCUUUCAUAGAAAUGGAGAUAGAAGCUACCAAUGGUGCAGUGCCCCAGGGGCAGCGACCACCCCCUCGUAUCAAGAAUUUCCAGAUUAACAACCAGAUUGUGAAACUAAAAUACUGUUAUACAUGCAAGAUCUUCCGGCCUCCCCGGGCCUCCCAUUGCAGCAUCUGUGACAACUGUGUGGAGCGCUUCGACCAUCACUGCCCCUGGGUGGGGAACUGUGUUGGAAAGAGGAACUACCGUUACUUCUACCUCUUCAUCCUUUCUCUUUCCCUCCUCACAAUUUAUGUGUUUGCCUUCAACAUCGUCUAUGUGGCCCUCAAAUCCUUGAAAAUUGGCUUCCUGGAGACGUUGAAAGAAACUCCUGGAACUGUGCUAGAGGUCCUCAUUUGCUUUUUCACACUCUGGUCCGUCGUGGGACUGACUGGAUUUCACACUUUCCUCGUGGCUCUCAACCAGACAACCAAUGAAGACAUCAAAGGAUCAUGGACAGGGAAGAAUCGCAUCCAAAAUCCCUACAGCCAUGGCAAUAUUGUGAAGAACUGCUGUGAAGUGCUGUGUGGCCCUUUGCCCCCCAGUGUGCUGGAUCGAAGGGGUAUUUUGCCACUGGAAGAAAGUGGAAGUCGACCUCCCAGUACUCAAGAGACCAGUAGUAGCCUCUUGCCACAGAGCCCAGUCCCAACAGAACAGCUGAACUCCAAUGAGAUGCCGGAGGACACAAGCACUCCGGAAGAGAUACCACCUCCAGAGCCCCCAGAGCCACCACGGGAGGCAGCUGAAGCUGAGAAGUAGCUUAUCUAUGGAAGAGACUUUUGUUUGUGUUUAAUUAGGGCUAUGAGAGAUUCCAGGGGAGAAGAUAAACUUGAGACAGAGAGCAAGUAAGCUGUCCCUUUUGCUGGUUUUUUUUUCUUUAGUCACCCAAUUGCACAUUGGCAUUGUUUUGCUGCAAUCUUUUUUUAAAAAUUUUUGGACUCAAGGCAGUAGCAGAAGAUGCCGAUCACCUCUGGCAACUGGAUAAAUGGGUCUCUUAGGCUGUGGCACAGGUUUCCCAUGACCUCAGCCACGGGCUCUCUUUGAACUCUCCUCUCCUCCCUCCAGAUCCCAGCUCUCAUGCUUGGUGUCAUUGAUCUCAUUCUGGGCUAAAGAUUCUUGAGGCUGGGUUAAGUCCUCUCAAGCUGCUGUAUGUCCUGAGUCCAGAGAUAGUCACAGAGACCUCUGGCCAGGGGAUCCUUACUGGGUUCUUGCCUCCUUCAGAAUUAAUGAGGGUGAGGAGUGAGGUGGAGGAGUCUCCUAGCUACCAAGUGCCAGCAUUGCCAGCCAAUCCUUUUAGGAAUAGGGCAGGUACCACUUGUAUUUAUUCAUGUAGCUUCUCCUUUGUUCCCUGCCCAGUCUGUAACACCCAAGUCCCACUCUUUCCUCACUAGAUAUAUGUAAGUAGUCAUAGUAGAAAUAAUAAUUUACAUUUCUUGUAGAAUCUCCAGAACCUUUAAUACCUGUGCUAUUCUCAGUAAGCAUUGAUGAGAUGCCAACAGCAUAGCCCUACACACUCUCUGCCUCAUCUCUCCUCCUUUCUCAUUAGCCCCCUAUUAAUUUUUUUCUUUUGGCUUUUGCUCCCAUUAGGAGCAGGAAUGGCAGUAAUAAAAGUUGGCACUUUGGUGGUUCCUUUUCCUCA